AUGUCCCAACAGAAGAGCGCUUUGAACGUCGUCAUGGGCGCGAUGACCUUCGGUUAUGAAGGCAUCGACGGUGCGCGUAUACAUACACCCGACGCCGUCUCGGAGGUCCUUGAUGUCUUUCAGAAACACGGUCACAACGAGGUUGACUCAGCGCGCGUAUAUACGAAGGGUUCAUCUGAGGAGCUACUCGGCAAGGUCGAUCAUAAGGCCCGUGGGCUACUCUAUGAUACAAAACUCUACCCACUUGGCGUAGUAAAGGGCUUGAACAAGGUGCUCGAUGAUAUGAUUGCCUCAGGGACCUUCACCGUGAUAUCACAUAAAUCAGACAGCCUGCGCGAACAUCUCGACAAGUCGCUCCAAGCCAUGAAUACCGACUGCCUGGAGAUGUGGUAUCUGCAUGGACCGGAUCGUACAACCCCAUACGAGGAGACGCUGCGUGUGGUCAACGAGCUUCACAAGGAGGGCAAGUUCAAGCGUUUUGGAAUCAGCAACUACUACUCCUGGGAGGUCGCUGAGAUCGUCACUAUCUGUCGCCAAAACGGUUGGAUCCAGCCUACCGCAUAUCAGGGUAUCUACAACGCCAUCUACCGCGGUGUCGAGCCUGAGCUCUUCCCUUGCUUGCGCAAGUUUGGCCUCAGCUUCUAUGCUUUCAACGCCCUUGCCGGAGGGUUUUUCACUGGGAAGUACACGCCGCAGACUCAAGAUAGCGACACUGCUGGCCAGCGUUUUGACCCUAAGGCCAGUGUAGGUCAACUUUAUCGUGCACGGUACUGGAAUGACCGCUACUUCGCGGCACUGGAACUCCUACGUCCGUUGUGUGAGAAGCAUGGAUUGACUCUUGGCGAGGUUGCGCUUCGGUGGAUGUCGCACCAUAGCUUGAUGAGCCGCGAGCAUGGGGACUCGGUCAUCAUCGGCGCCUCGAGCGUCAAGCAUCUUGAGCAAAACCUGCUCGAUCUUGAGAAGGGACCUCUACCUGAGGAUGUCGUCAAGGCGCUGGAUGAGGCUUGGAGUAUCGUCAUGCCGAUCGCGUACAAGUACUGGCACUAA